CGAGGAAAGAAAACACAGGAGAACCAAAAUAGUGCAAAACCGGUGUUAUAAAACCCGUGUAACUUUGGAUUGUUGCUUCCGUACUUCUCAAUAUGUUUUCGACACUUUUUCGAGGAAUAGGUGUUCGAUAUAGACUUGCUGAACAUACAACCGUACUCGCGGCUCGUUUCCUUUGCACACCCGCCUACAAGGCUGAAGAUGGAAGCGUUGUGCAAAAAGCUAAAAUUAGCAAGGCAAUGAAGGCGUAUCUGGAAAGGGCGAGAGAAUACGAAAGUAGUAUGGAACAGGCCCGGUCAGAAUACCAACUAGGCAAACGGCAUUUAGCUAACAUGAUGGGGGCAGACGUGGAAACAUUCACCCAGCAGGACAUCGAUCAAGCAAUACAGUAUUUGUUUCCGUCUGGCCUCUAUGAUCCGGCAGCACGUCCAUCGAUGAAACCACCGGAAGAGUUCAUGCCAAAAAAGAAAGGAGCCGAGUUUGACGAAACAGGACGCCCGUUCCAUAGCUUGUUUUACACGGGUCGUCCAAAUUUCUUCCAGCUGCUUUACGAUAUUGUGGAAAACAUAAGCAAACUCAAUGCGCUUGAAGAUGGUACAAGGAUCAAAGGAAAAUCUCUGGAUUCAGUGGGGAAUAAGCUCGAUGUUACCGGUUCCGAGUGGCUGCCCAAAGAAUUGCUGGAAAAAAAGAUAGUGGAAACAAUAACUGACAUCGAAUAUGAUAACUUUGUCAAUGCCAUGAAUCGUCUCGUGGACCAUCCGCUUUCGGAACGAUCGAAGGAGUUUAUCAAGGAGUACCGAAAACCGUUGAUAUCAAAGAUGGAAAAUGAUACAAUUCCUGCACCACAGCAUGAUGCUGAUGGUCGCCAAUAUGUUACAAUCUAUGAGUGUUUACGGAAAACGGCUCGUGGCGAUGUAACGAUGAAGUUCCCUGGUACCGGCAGUGUUUUAGUGAAUGGCAAAGACUUGCGUACCGUAGGAAAAACGCAGCAACGCGAGCAGAUUCUUUUUCCCUUAUUAUUCACCAACAUGGUCGGCAAAGUAGAUGUCUUGGCUAACGUUAGCGGCGGCGGCCCUUCUUCACAGGCGGGUGCGGUACGAUGGGGAAUAGCGAUGGCAUUGCGCAGCUUUGUUGAUGCGGAACUGAUAUCACGAAUGCGCAUUGCCGGUUUAUUGACUCGUGACUACCGCCGUAGGGAACGAAAGAAGCCUGGACAGGCCGGUGCUCGAAGGAAGUACACUUGGAAGAAACGUUAAAAGGACGCUAUCUAAUGAUGGUGGUUGAGAAUUUAACAUUUCAGAGUCUUCAAAAACACACAAAUUUAGUGAAUAAAAGAAAUUUGGCGCCGUUAUAAGGUAAACAGGUGUCUCAU